AUGAAUGGUCUUUACAUCCUUAUUCCUGACACGUCCCAUACGCUCGCUGCUGAGCACCCCCCACGCGAUAUGAGUACCCCCGCGCUUUCCGACGACACUGGCAGCUCCUCUUCACGCGAAAGCUCUCCACCAGCUACACCCACUUCUGGAGUCAGUCGUGCACCAUCUGUUUCUUUUGAUGACUAUUCUAAGCAUACACACGCUGGCGACGGCACGGACAUCAGGAUUGUCGAAGCAGAUGCGGACUCCUCGCCACUAGAAGACAUCACGCGUCCGCUGAAACGGAGGCGGUUGGCGGAUACAAGGGCUGAUGAAGUCCGCGCAGAGAGAGCGCUGCCGCCUGAUAUUUGGAGUGAUGCAAUCAUGGUCGAUGAUGGCGCGUUCUUCGGUCUUUGCCAUACACCCAUCAGCGAUUGCACGAGUGUCGGGGACGUCGAGCCCGACGCAUUGCACCCGUCAUCAGAAUACGUCUCCCGUCCACUGAAACGGAAGCGAAGUGCGGACACAAGCACCUAUGACGUUCGCGCAAAGAGGGCGCGGACGUCUGGCACCUCGAACGACGCAACCAAGGCCGAGGACCGCGCUUGUUUCGGUCUUGAGCAUAUGGCCAUCCACGACUACACGAAAAUCAGGGUCGUCGAACCGGACGCGGAUCCCCCGGUUGCCCCCGGUAUUGACAUACACGUUCCACUUGACGCUAUCGCUCGCCCCCCGAAGCGAAAACGGUGUGCAGACACGACGGUCGAUGAAGUCUGUGUUAAGAGAAGGCGAUUGUCUGACAGUCCGAGCGAUGCAUCGCAGCUCAAAGACGGGAUUCCUUUCGGACCUCACCCUAGAUGCAUGAUCACGGGCUUCGUGUCCGCCGAGGUGGAGGCGUGCUAUAUCCUGCCUCCCGCCACGCCCCAACCGUUGGUCUACACAUACCACGUCAUCGCAGAGGAUGAGCAGCCUCCAGACUCGGGCACCCCCCAGGAUCAUACCAUUAUACCUCUAGCUACGACCGCUGAUUGCUCGUAUCGCUCGCUGGGGUGGCACGAGCUGAGUGCGAAUUUGCAUCUGAUGACAAUUCGAGUGGGCCGUGAAUUCAUUAAGCGACCGCUCCGCUACGAGCAUGUGUUCCGUAUGGACGCUCUUGUGCAUAUACCCAUCGUCCAGCUAGCCCAGCCAGAUGCAGCCGAGCCGGUCUCCCCCCACAUUGAACGAGAGUCGCCAGUUGAAGGCAUCCCCCGCCUGCCGAAGCGAAAACGGAACCCGGAGACAGAUAUUGAUGAAGUCCCCGCCAAGAAAAUGCGCACACAUGCCUCAGCGAUUGUUCGACACUUUGAUCGCCGGAAUGCGUGGCAACUACAACACCCUGCGUUGUCAUGCACCGGGGAAUGUUAUAUUCCGUGCGCAAUUUCCACGCUUGACCCGUCGUUUGUCGCCUCACAUACUGCGUACAAGUAUUGCGUCAUCGCAGAGGACGAGCACCCUCCAGACUCAUGUGCGACCAUGGGGAACCCCAUCACGCCUGCCGUCAUGGCGGCCCCUUGCUCAUAUCGGUCGCUCGGGUGGCAUAAAUUGAAAGCCGAUCUCCGUCUGAUGGUAUUUCGAGCGGGACAGAAAUUAAGCAAGCGACCAUUCCACUACCAGCAUAUCUUGCGGGAGCUGCUGCCUCACAAGGAGGUCAAUCAUACAUACGCCAUAUUCUCCCUGUAUGCGACAUGGACGAUCCCUCUGCAUUUGGAGAUAGUACCCGGCAGGCGGUUGUGGGCAACAGGCGAGCUCGCACCCUUCCCUGAUGGUUAUUUCCGCAGCCCCAGGCAGCAAUAUUGCCCCCCCCUGUCGGAUGACGACGCCUUCCGCUUUCCUCGCCUAUUUCGGCCAAUCGUCUCAGGGAUAAAGAGGAAACGAUCUGGCGAGACCAGGGCGGAUAUUAAGGUCUAUACCGCGCAGGAAGAUGCUCAAUGCGAGGUUAGCGUCCGUAAGUGGCGCUGGGAUUGCGAUCAGGCUCGAGACGAGUGGACGAUGGGACUACCUGCGGAACCUGAGGACGCAGAGUUGCUUGCUUAUCGACAAGAGGAAGCCGGCGAUGUGCUGCCUGCUGCGCAACGACCUUGGGUCUACCAGCCGCCGGUUCUGAUCUUCCAAGUAACGAUUCCCUCACAACAUAGCUGA